CCUUACCUAAGACAUCAUUCACCACGACCUCGAACCCCAAAUCGCAGCGACGUUCAUGCACCGCUGAGCCACUCUAAAAAACACAAUAGUCGUCCGGUCUUCGCCACCGCACCCAAAUCCAUCUUCAGAGGCAUUGCAAACCUUGGUCAAUAUGUCUAUCCCAAACCAAGCGCUCGAAAAGUUGAUCCGUGAGAUCGAGAGCCAGGCCAUCGUAGCCCAGCAGCAGAUUGGCCAGGCUCGCACUCAGAUGACGGCAAAGCAACGAGAAAUGCGCAUGGUGCACCUAACCUUGGAUGAGGUGUCGACCGUGCCCUCGAGCUCGGGUGUUUAUGAGGGUGUUGGCAAAAUGUUCGUUUCGAUACCCACCCCGCAGUUGAAAGAAAAGUUGGAGGGCCAGAUCAAGGAGAGGGAGGGCGAGGUUGAGAAGCUGAGCCAGAAGUUGCAUUACCUGGAGACGACGUACAAGAACAGCCGGCAGCACAUUGACCAGAUGCUCAAGGCACAGUCAUGAUGUGAAUGUGCUUUAUCGAGAAGAGCCAAUGUCGGAGACGGACACCAGACCGCCAAAUUAUACUGAAGUAAGAUGUAUGGAAGAAAGAUGAGGCUUUGCCCAUCCUAAGGUAAUCGACAAGGCCGGCGACAAGACGAACGUCUGUUCCCCAAGAACCAAACAAUUACUGUUACAGGGCUCGACUCACGGAUGGCCAACCCAACGUUCCCAGAGGGUCCCUCUUUGGGCGACUGGACAUGUCAACAUCAGGUAUAAAAUUGACAUGGCCUAUUCUUCUCAUCUUUUGGAGGCACAUGCUUAGCGUCAUUGGAGUGUGACGGGAGGAAAGGGCCAAAAUUAGUAUAAGCAGAGCCAGCCAUGUUAUGCAGGCUUAAAGCAAACGAGAGCCUUGCUCUAAAUGCAAAGCUGAUACCAUCUACAUGCAUAACUGGGGGUUGUAUGGAAGACUUGAUGGUGGUCUGGGUAAGGCAGUCUGGCAGGACAGCGAAUCCCGCGUGACUGCGUGAUUAGAGUAUGGGAUUAAACAUGGGACGGGAAGUGAAGGUAGGAUGAAUCGAUUGCUUCCAGACAUGUUGAUACGAGGGGAAUAAUACAAUUC